CUUCAUUUUUAUGCUAAAUGAUUCAUUUCUUCCCACACACUGAGCACUGGGUGUCUUGGCAUUGACGUUGCAUUUUGUAUUGCAUUUUGCAGAGCUGGUGCAUUGGGCAGACCAAAGAUUAUAGAGGAGCUAUAUGAUUAUAGAGGAGCUAUAUGAUUAUAGAGGAGCUAUAAUCUUUGGGGCAGACUGGGACAUGCAUGUUUCGGAACGCUUUCUUUUGCAACUUUUAUGUCCUUUCCGCCGAGUCGUAGGGGCCCAGGGAGAGGAGGCUUCUGCUCCUCUAGUAUCUUUGCUUGUGCUCGGGGAGAGGAGGCGCCUGUCCCUCGGCCAUGGCUGGAGCCCGGACCCGGCGCGUCCGCUACUGGGACCACGUUGCAGCGGUGAGACGGGGCGCUCGCUGCUCUGCGCUGCUGCUGCAGCCCCGCUCCCCGCCCCACACACGGCUCUGUGUGUGCAACCGCUCCCACUUUGUCUACAUGUACCACCACCACGGCUCCCUGCAGGUUGUGUACAGGUUACCCAGUGCUGUGUGGCAAGUGGAGGUGCACAGGAGUGGAGAGCGGCUGUUUGUGCUGUGUGAUGAUGGCGGAAUAUAUAACAUUCUGUUAAACCAGAAGAGCAGUGCUGUCAAGGCGGAAUUGUCCUUGAAUCCUUCCCAGUCAAGAGGUGACUCUGGUUGCUUUGUGCCUCCUGUCAUUACGGUGGGUAUCGAGCAAUGCCUUGUCAGAGACUCUACAGUCUGCUCCUUCAUUGCUGUGCACGAACAGGUUGUGAUGGUGACGGAGGAGGAGAGGAAAUGGAAGAUUAAGAUCUUCGGGCUGCCAUCAGCAGACUGUCAGGGCCAGAAGUGUCAGAAGAUUGAGGAGAUAGAGUUGACUUCACAUGCUAACUUACAGCUCGGUGAGAAAUCCCCCAAACUGAGCCACCCACCUGUGUUGUGCUGUAUUUAUCCUCACGCUGAAAACGAGCAACAGGGCAGUGAAGAUUACCCCUGUCUUCAGUCUUCGGUCUUCAGUCUCCUCUUCAACGUGGAUGCCAGCUUGCUGCGGUCACCCGUGGUACUGUGUGGAUUGCCGGACGGCCAGGUUUGCUUCUUGCCAGUGAAGUACACCCGACCUGAGGCCAAAGGUCACUCGUCUCGAACGACGGUCCUUCUGCACCUCGAACAGCCAGUGGCGUUUAUUGGACCUUUGUCAUUAAAAUUGGAAACGGACGAUGACCAGGAUCGCCAGUCAUCAAGGGCCAAGCCCCCGGUACCCAAUAGCAUUGUCGUGGUCGGGAGAGAUGGCAAAGUGGUGAUCGUCAAGUCCAGCCUUCAGAUGGAGAUGUGGGCUCCCAGUUUUGUUGAGUACCACCUUCAAGGCCCCAUCGUCGGUGCUUGCUGUCACGCAGCUACCCUUUAUUACAGCACUUGCUCGGACGUUUUUGGCGUUGAGUUCCAACGUGGCGAGAAUUCAUCUUCUGGGAGGACGGCAGAUAUGAGGAGCGGUCACCCUGUGGGAGACUUGCCCUCCAUCCUCAUCCCCGUCAGUCUCAACAUCUGCGGGGUUGUAGCUGUUUCCAGGCCUUCACUAACAGCCGAAGGUGACAUUCAGUUGGUAGCACUGACGGAGAAAGGUAAAGUGAUGGCCUGCACCUUACCCCCCUCUCUACGUGAAGCCCCGACCACAAAACUCCACGCAGCCACUGCAGGACAACGCAUUAAGGACCAUCUCUCUGGGAUUAGCAGCGUCUCGGACAGAAUCGCUUCCUUGAAGGGCGUAAUGCAGCAGAAAGACAAGGCCCUCAAAGGACUGAACCAGGUCUUCAACAUCUGCUGUGCACUGCUGGCCGGUCAGGAGAAAGGAACGGAGCCUUCCGAGCAACCCUUCCGCUGCCAAAUCGCUGCAAAAUGGAACCGAGUUUUGCUCCAGGAUUCGUUGGUCAUCUCAUGCAUUUUGGAGAACCUCAGCAACUGGCCCCUGGAGCACGGGUGGUCUUUCUGCGUCCAGCUCGUCACCCAGUCCCUGGCUUUGGCCAAAGGAUUGGACAGCACGGCCUACACCUCUGCCUUUGCCAUUGGCGAGCUUCCACCCAGGGAGAAGAUGGAGGUUGCAAUCCCCUUGAACUCUGAGCAUGACGGCUCUCUGCCGCUUCCUGUGGCCGUUCACUGCUUUCUCCAUUACGACUUGAACCAUCUCAGGGCGAGGACUGCUAGCAGCUUGCCCGCCUCACCUGGACCGUCACAGUCUCCUGUACCUGCAGGACAUGACGACAUCUGCUUGCCCCUAAACAGCCGCAUCGUUGAUUUGUUAGACUGCUUGCACAUUCACAGUGGAGGAGCAAGUGAAACUAGGCCGCACCUGAAUCACAGACCUGCCCCACCAGAUCCGUUGGAGAUUUUCUUGCAUUCAGCUCUAAAAAGCAACAACGUGGUCAACGGCAACGGCUCUAUGAGUGGCCUGUUCAAGGAUAGGACUGGUGGGGGGCCGUUUACAGCUUCCAUCAAGUUGUCCUCUCAUCUGAUGGAUGUUGCUCUGAAAGAUACUGGCACAGGAAACGAGGCAGAGAAUGGUUCAAACGUGCUCCAAUGGCUGCUGUCGACAAACGCCGAGAUGGAGGCAUUAAGGAUGCAGCUUGGCCCAGGUGUACACUGUUCAGCACCGGACGGUAGCAGUGUCCACAUACUCACCAAGAAGGUUGAAGUCACCAAUUUCUCAGUUGAUGGUGCGAUCAGUGCAGUGGAGGUGGUGAUGGAGUGUUCCUCGCUGUCCGUGUUUUGUUUCUUGCAUCAGGCUCUCACUCGGCGGGUCCAGAUGCUUUUGGAGCAGAGUGCUCCCCAUAGUGGCUCGAUGCCUGGCCUUCAUGUGCAGUCUCUGAGACAGCUGGCACACAGCACAGAGGGUCUUCUUAAAGAGGUACAGUCGCUCCGUGACCAGAGGUGCCUUGGUGAGGAAAUGAAUCCGAGUGACACUGCCAGCAAACUGCUGCGACUCUACGAGCGACUGAGGAGCAUUGAUUUAGUUAUCGUGUAACAGAUGGAAUUGGCCAAACCGCUGGUGUCUCCAGGUUGAAAUCGGAGGUCUAUUCUCCAUUCGUUAAGGCUGUUCAAUAACAGAGGCCUGUUGCUGCAUGUGAGGGUUUAAAAGUUGCACACUGGUUUAGUACAUGUAGCAGUUGUCACUUUGUUACUUGACAAAUGUUGCUCAGGUAGAACUUUCUUUUAUGCGCCAGUCUCUGGAAAUAUCCUGACAAUCUCUGGCAAUUCCUAUGUGCCUCAAAGCAAUGACAUUUUAAAUGUGGCUCCUGCAUUCCCUGCCUUC